UUUAAAUAAUUUGCCAAAUAUUACGGAUGAGUAUGUUUCGCGAGUUUUGCGAUGACCCAUUUUUCGGAUUUUCAGAACAUGAUCACAGGCGAAAAUUGAUCAGUGACAUGGAGAAGACCCAGAAAAACAGGCACCGUCAUGGUCGUCGGGGCGACCAGCAACCAAGCAUCCAGGCCCCAAAUAAUCAUCAUAGUGGUCGAGAGAUGUCGCUCUUUGACCCACUUGAAAUGUCUGGCCCUAUGUCCCUGUUCAACUCCAGGAGCCCAUUCUCUAUGAUGGAUUCUCUGUUGCCUGCUUUUGGAAAUUUGCACACCGGUUUUGAGUCCUUUAGCUCAGGCAGUAAUGACGUGAACGGUUUUGGCUACUCCUCAAUGAAGGUCUCGUCAUAUGUUAAUGAUGGCAGUGGCCCACCAAAAGUCUUUGAGGCUGUCCAGUCAACCAAGGUGGCACCUGGAGGUUUAAAGGAAACGAAGAAAGCGAUGCGGGACACCAUGGUCGGUGUCGAGAAGAUGUCCCUCGGCCGCCACAUCAUGGACAAGGGUCACGUGAUCACCAGGCAGAAGGACACUAACUCAGGAGAUAUCAGUGAGAAUAGGGAUUAUAUUGGAUUUGCCGAAGAGGAGGCCAAUCAGUUUGACGAGGAAUGGGAGAGGGUUAUCAGCAAAUAUUCGGGCAGGAAGAACAAGGCUAACAGGUACCUGGAAAGGAAAAAUCUCGCUUUGGAGUGAAGAAAUGUAUGGACGUGCAGUUUGUUCUAGCCAAGCUAAGUCUAACGAAAUAACAACGAUAUUAUUUGGUCUUCAAAUUUUUUAGUUUAUUUACAAAGAUGUAAUAUAAAUAUAAUAAAAUUAUAAUAUAAUUAACUAUAAUAAUAAAAUUAUAAUAAAGUUAUACAUCGUAUGUACAAGUAUACCAUAGCUUAAUUACUACCUAUCCAUUUUUCACAAUGCAACAUCGAAAUUACUCUAGACUUCACUAUAUAAUUUUAAUUGUUGUAAAAUUGGAUUAUUGCUUUAUUGAAUUAUUCUUCUCAUUUCAAUUGGAUGUUAUGUGUCAUUAAUUAUUAUUAUGGUUGUUGUCAUUGUUGUUGUUGUUGUCGCAUAAUUAAUUGAUUGGUCGAUUGAUUGAUUAAUGAUUACAAUGUAUUACAAAAUCGUCUUCCAAACGUUGUGUUUCUUGUAUACGCCAUUCAACACAUCGGUAUCAUAAAAUGUUCUAAGUCAUUUAAAUUAAUUGUCUUUCUUUGUAUGUAUGUUUAUAUAUAUAUAUAUAUAUAUAUAUAUAUAUAUAUAUAUAUAUAUAUAUAUAUAUAUAUAUUAGGUAGUGACGAUGAUAAUGAUGUUGGUUUAUUUCAAUUCAUCAUUCCGUUAUAUUUGUUGAUCAUCUUCCUUCAUUCAAAUGAUUUGAGGUGUAAUUUUUCAACUUGAAAUUUCAUUUUUUUUUGGGGGAAAUAUGAAGUAAUAUUAUUC